UUAUCUCUUGAUCUCUGUUGAUAUUGAUCAACAAAAUUGCUGGUUUUGUCAGCGAUGCCAUUUCUUUCUUCAUCUCUCAUCCUCUCCACCUUCACCUACUCCUCCUUCCUCCCUCCGCCUCCCAUCCAUCAUUCCUCCCCUGAUAAUACAGACCACUGAGUGUGCGUCACUCCUUCAGUGCUUCACUCCGUUGAUCUCUCCGCUCAGCAUCCAUCCGUCCUCCUCCAGCAGCAGCACUAUGGACAGCACAGUUUCAGCCUACUCUGAGAAGCUGAGAGAGAUGUCGGUGUUGUCUCUCCUCUGCUCCUGUUUGUAUUCCCAGCCACAUCCCAACACCUUCGGUCAGUUUGAAGAUAUGGAGGUGAAGUCGCUGGAUAAGCGAGCUUCUGGCCAAGCAUUUGAGGUCAUCUUGAAGAGUCCGACUGAUCCGUCUCCAGAGAGACCCCAGACUCUGGCACUGCCGCCCCAGAAGAAGGAGCCUUCCCUGGGGGAACUACAGAGGAGACUGGAGGCCGCCGAGGAGAGACGGAAGUCUCAGGAGAAGCAGGUGCUGAAGCAGUUGGCGGAGAAACGGGAGCGUGAGAAGGAGGUGCUCACCAAGGCCCAGGAGGUCAACAACAAUUACAGCAAGAUGACCGAGGAGAAACUCCACCACAAAAUGGAGCUGAUUCAAGAAAAUCGCAUGGCCCGUCUUAAUGCUCUCAAACAGCGUCUGAGAGAGAAGGAGCUUCAUGCUGCAGAAGUCCGUAAGAAUAAGGAACUUCACACUGAGCUCUCUGGCUAAGGACACUCUUUGACCAGAGCACGACUGCAUUUGGAGAAUAUCACAUUCUCUGGCCGCAGUCUUAGAGGUCAUAUCAGACUCACCUUAGCAGUUUUCCACAUACAGUACACUACGUGGACAAAAGUAUGUGACCACC